CAGUCGGACCCGUGCGCCCCCUCGCCGCCUCUGGUAGCUGCGGAGGGGGAGAGGCUGAGCGCGGUCGCUCGGUCACCGUGAAGAUCUCCACAGAAGCCUCUUCUGACUCCAGGCGGACGCCCGGGAAAGCGCUGGCUAACCACGGGUCUGGCUCUGCCAGGCACGCCCCUAGCCUCCCGGGAGCCGUCUCACCCGGGUGCCCAAACUCCGCCCACCCUCGCAGGGAGCCCGCCUGCCCCCUGCACUCACCCGAGCGGGGCCUUGAGGAGGGGCCGCGAGCUGCACGGAGGCUGAACACAACACAGAAGCGCACGGGUGUGCGGUGACGCGCGCGCUCCGAUGGCCCCCAGAGGCUGAGCACUGGGGGCCGUGGAGGAAACGGCGCGGGGCCCUGAAAUGAGCUGCUUGAUCGCAAGGUAGGGAGAAAAGAAGAUGCCCAACCCAACUUGAUCUUUGGGGACAGCAAGCUGGGGAGUGCCUUUGUCCCCCACUGAGUGCGGCACUGCGAGUUUGGCUCGACCUCGGGCACACGCGCUCUGAGCUCUCCGGUGCGGACUCGCGGCCCCUCGGGAAAGCUCAGUCGGAAAGUUGUCGGUGCCCCGUGCGCCCUAUUGCAUAACCUCAGCACGGUGGCCAGGCGGGGAAGUUGGUGGCCCGGCCGCCAGCCCAGCUUGGUCUCGGCGGCGGGGUGGAUUUCAUGGCCCGCAGGGCCGGAGCCGGCGUGGGCGAGCCCGCGUAUGCCCCCUCCGGUGGGGAUCCCGCGCACCCGCUGCCUUCAGCUCACGCGCUGUUCCGAUGCUCGGUGCGCCCUUGGCCGCUGCCGCCCUCUCACCGCUGCUUGCCCCUAGGAGCCGCCGCGUGAGUCUGGGAAGAGAGAAUGACCGAGGGGCCGUGGCCGGCUGUCCCCAACGGGACGGACGCUACCUUCCUGGCUGGCCCGGGCUGGCCCUGGGGGAACAGCACGGCAGCUUCCACGGCUGCGGUGGCGGCAGCCUCCUUCGCCUGCUCGCUGACCAAGACGGGCUUCCAGUUCUACUACCUGCCGGCUGUCUACAUCUUGGUGUUCAUUAUCGGCUUCCUGGGCAACAGCGUGGCCAUCUGGAUGUUCGUCUUCCACAUGAAGCCGUGGAGCGGCAUCUCCGUGUACAUGUUCAACUUGGCCCUGGCCGACUUCUUGUACGUUCUGACGCUGCCCGCGCUCAUCUUCUACUACUUCAACAAGACAGACUGGAUCUUUGGGGACGCCAUGUGUAAGCUGCAGAGGUUCAUCUUCCAUGUGAACCUCUACGGCAGCAUCCUGUUCCUAACCUGCAUCAGCGCGCACCGGUACAGCGGCGUGGUGUACCCCCUCAAGUCUCUGGGCAGGCUCAAGAAGAAGAACGCGGUCUACAUCAGCGUGCUGGUGUGGCUCAUCGUGGUGGUGGGGAUCUCGCCCAUCCUCUUCUACUCGGGUACCCAGGUCCGGAAAAACAAAACCAUCACCUGCUACGACACCACCUCAGACGAGUACCUGCGAAGUUAUUUUAUCUACAGCAUGUGCACGACCGUGGCCAUGUUCUGUGUCCCCUUGGUGCUAAUUCUGGGCUGUUACGGAUUGAUUGUGAGAGCUCUGAUCUACAACGACCUGGACAACUCGCCGCUGAGGAGGAAAUCCAUUUACUUGGUGAUUAUUGUACUGACUGUUUUCGCUGUCUCUUACAUCCCUUUCCAUGUGAUGAAAACAAUGAAUUUGCGGGCCCGGCUGGAUUUUCAGACACCAGAAAUGUGUGCUUUCAAUGACAGGGUUUAUGCCACUUACCAGGUGACACGAGGUCUAGCAAGUCUCAACAGUUGUGUGGACCCCAUUCUCUAUUUCUUGGCAGGAGAUACUUUCAGAAGGAGACUGUCCCGGGCCACCAGGAAGGCUUCCAGAAGAAGUGAGGCCAACUUGCAAUCCAAGAGUGAAGACAUGACCCUCAAUAUUUUAUCUGAGUUCAAACAGAAUGGAGAUACAAGCUUGUGAAGAUACAAGAAUCACCGAAAACCCACUUUCGUAACAUGGUCUUGGGAUGCCAGCAUGGUUGAAUACAUGUUCCACACAUUGUUUCAGCUCCCAGAGAGCUUUCUUUUGGAGUGUGGAUCCAGUGAGGUGGCCAGUGCCUGGAAAAGCCCUUUUACUUCUCGGCAUGUUUUUUCCAGUGUUUCUUCUUCAUACAUCACACAGUGGACAACGAUAACUUGUGAAUACAUGCCAAAUAGUAACAAGAACGAUCUUGCCCAACCCCUUCUAGGCACAAAGAGGUCUCUGGGAAGAAUCUGUCCUAAUGGUAAAAACAUACAGAGGGUCAAGACUAUUGGCUAGAGAUCUGAUAACGUGAUGAUGUAAGCAGGUAUUUUAAUGGUAAAGGCAGAAAUCUAUUGGCGUUUGGAUGAAAGCACUGCCAAAAUUAUCGAACUGAAUUUCACACUACAAAACUAUUUUAAUGCCAAGUUGAAGGUAGUUUAUGGCUUACCAGUUGGCAUCUUUGACUCUUUAAACAUCACUGUACACUUGGAUUAAAAUGAUAAAAAGACAGACCAAGAAGAUAUACAGCAAAGGGUAGGUUUCAGAAUUAAAAACAUGACCUCACCACUCAGCCAACUGUGGAACUCUUGACCCAUUCAAUACCAUUCUCCAUGGAUUAAAAAAGUUGGAUGAUAUCCAUCUGUUGGAACCUCAGGGGAUGUGGUAAAGCCUGAAAACUACAGCCAGCCAGAGGUGCAUGAAAUCUGCUACUGUAUUUUCCAGGACUCUUUGAUUCCAGUCCUUGGCUAAAAAUUCUCACAAAGUUCACCAAUCAUGAUGUGGACCUAUGACCCAUAAGUUUUCUCAAUCGACUCCAAACAGUACAGUAAACUGCCUUUGGAUACAAGACAUGUCAGUGCUCAGAGCAGCUGGAAUUGGACUAGUGAAAAUAAAGAUAUGUAAGUAGUUAGGAAUCUACUAAAGCUUUAACUUAGCUGGGCACAGUGUAACUAACAUAGUAUUUAUGGAUGGAGCUCACAGUCCUUUAGUUGUACAGAUUGGAAAACUUUUUUGCAAGAUCAAAUAUGCUGAUGUAAGAUUAUAUUUAUUAUGAUGUAUAAGAGGUCACACUCGUGUAUUUUACAUAAUGUGUUGCAUAGAUAAAAUGAAUUACUGUAUAGUAUGCUUUUCAAAUAUCAGUAUCUUGAAAUGUUCAAGUCUUAAGAUUUUGAUCUAAAAUAUGAAUGUUUUAUGAUAAAAGUGGUUAAUUUUCUCUAGAAAUGCUUUUGCAUGUUUCCCUUUUUAUUUAGGGUUCUAUAUAUACACACAAUUGGGUGUCAAACUCUCAUAAGCUCAAUAGCAAAUACAAAAUAUCUUUGCCAGACUAAGACUUACUGUCUAUAUUUUAUAUGACAUAGUCAAGUUUCUAUUGUCUUUAAAGAACAUUUAGAAUUGUGCCCCCAAAUAUGGUUGAAGCUUCCAUUUCUAAUGCAAAACCUUGUCCUAAAUUCCAAGUAGAUCUUACGUUUUAGAAGUCUGGAGGAAUGGGCAUUACAGAUAUAUCAGAAUUUAAGGAAAACCUAGGGAAAUCGGGAGAGAAAAAGGCAGCUGGUGCAAUCAGUUACUGUCCUCAGUUCUGCUUACAUUUUUGUGUUGUAAUCGUGUACUCUUAAUUACUUUGAGAUGGAGUUUCUAAGUAACACACUACCACCAAGUUCAAGACUGCUAUUUAAUGUUUUAGGUGUUCAGUUGGUAACUUGAAUUUCAAGUUUUAUAGUGAUAACUGUGUAUGAUUUGGCUGCUGAAUUGUUACAAUUUUUUAUUAUGUUGUACAUUGUAUCAUACACAUCAUUACAAAUUAAUAUGAAGGGGAAUAUAUGUUACAUAUCAAAAUUUGUGACUUUGAAUUCUAGUAUGUUUUUGUGUUUUUGCAAAAAUGUUUAUUUUUAUAUUAUCUGUGAUUUUAACAUAGUUGGACUAGAUUUCUUUGUGAUUAGUAGUUUCAUUGAAUGAGCAGUAUGGAAACAGUGUUACUUGACAUUUUGAGCCUUCUCAGGUUUAUCUAAAUCAAUGGUAGCUUAACAAAUUCCAGACUAACUGUAUGUAAUUGUGUUUUUAAUAAAAGGAAUGUAUAUUUCCUAUAAUUUUGCAUGCGUGAGUGUACAAUAUUGUGUUUGUAUAUGUGUUCUAAGGCAUGCAGUAACUUUGUAUCUGCUAUUUAUAAUACGAAAGCUUUGAUAUGAUCACCAUCAACAGAACUGAACCUACUAUAGACAAUUAAAACUGAAAGUCUCAAUAAAACUAUGAAAUGUGA